AUUUUUAUGAUAUCUGAACAACAUGUAAGCCCCCUCUUGAUAUCACAAAGUCAACAAGUAUCAUCUCACUCAAAGUUAUCACCAAACAUAUCCUCCAGGAAAGGUUAUCUCAUAAUGGAAAACCACACCUCUGUGAAGUCACUAAUCAAUCCCGAUCUGCUAAUGCAGCUCACGGAUGCCUAUCUUCCUUAUUCUAAAACCGAAGAUCUUGACUUUACUAUUGCCCAGUCAGACGCCUUCAGCGCAAACUUCAAGAAAGUAUGCCAAGAAAACAAAGCAAGAGAUGCACUUAUAGCACUCAGUCACCUCAGUCACAAUGGCGUACUCCCAACUCCUAUAGAACUGGACCUCAUGUCCUUUCUCCCAGAGCCAUCUUGCUCAGAAUUCCCGCAACAAUGCUUCGGACUUCAGUUGCUUCUUGAUCAAGCAUCGAGAAGCCUCCUAACUGGAAUCGAAGCUCGUUGGCAGGUUGCAUACUUUGGACCUUUGGCAAGACGUCUUGCUGGACAGUGGUAUGCACUACCUCAUCAUCUACGUCCGCAUUCAUGGCAGAGGUGGAAGAAUGAUGUAGGCGUUACUAGUUUCAGUUACUGGGUUUCGACGCAAGUCAUGUGGGCUGCCCCUUUUCUUCACGCCGAAGAUCUAGGGAGUCAAGAGAUUGGAUUGGAGUUAUCAAACGACUUACGUCAAGCUGUUGAAGAAUACACGGGAACAAAAGAUCCGCACCGGGAGUCAAGGGAUACGACACUGAAAGAUGAUCUGCUUUUCAUAAGAGAGGUUGUCAAGAGCCCGCCAAAAGACGAUGAGGGUGCUAUCAGUAUGGCGGCUUGGACGUACUGGUGGUGCAUGAUCCUGGACGCUCACUGGCCUAUCAUCGCGCGAUUUGGUCGCUAUCCUUACCGCAAUGCUGCCUUUGGUAGGCCUAGUACAAAGGAGGAAGAGAAAUGGUUGGACGAUAUAAAUCACUUUUCUGAAGCAUCUCCUGAAAUUGCUAAACGAAUCCAGGAAGAUGUUGAGAAGAGUCGGUGGACUCCACUUGAAGAGAGUUGAUCUGCGGUACACUGUUGUGAAUUGUUUAGGCUGAGUUUUAUGUAUCAAGAACUAGCUGCAACUGUUUUAUGCGAGUCACUUUCGGAUGAGAUGAGUGAACUAGUUAAGUAACGCCACACAAUAAACGGAGACCUGUAUGUCACUAA